AUGCCGCAAGUCAAUCGCAAGCCAAUCGUCACUACUAAGGGAAGAGGCCCGCAACAUCCUGCCCCUGCCCAUCUACACCCAGGCCAACCACGCGCAGCGCCACAAAUGCAAUAUCGACCGCAACACCAGCAGCACCACAACGGGUCUAACCCACGACUGGCUCAGCUUCAGCACCAGCAGAACGUUCAGCAUGGUCAGAUCGCUCAUAACAAAGCCCAGAUAAAUCAGCACUCGGCUGCAUUGCAACACCAGGCGGUGGCACAACAGCGACACAAUGCCGCGCAGCAAAAACACUUUGCGCAGCAGAAUGCAGCAACUCAAAAACAUAUGGCCCAGCAAAAUGCGGCAACUCAGAAACAAAUGGCGAAGCAAAACGCAGCAACGCAGAAGCAAAUGGCCCAGCAAAAUGCAGCUAUGAAAAAACAGAACCAGCACAUGAACCAUGAACUUCAAGCUAUGAAGCACCAGCAGCAAAAAGGCGUUGGUCAUGGCGGCAGUGGUCAUGGUGGUGCUGGGAAGAAAGUGUUGGCUGGUGCUGCAGUUGGUGCAGCAGCUGGUGUCGGUGGUACCAUGCUUUAUGAGGGAUAUCGUGAAGAGACGUAUGUUCAUGAGCAGACUAUCAUAAGCGAAGAUCAGAGAUCUCCGGAUCAAGAUAUCAAUGACUGGGAUCGCAAUGACUACGACCGCAACGACGGGAAUGAUGUCUACGAUCGAGACGUGAAUGAUAACGAUUAUUAUCCUAACGACUAUUAUCCUAAUGACAACGACCAAUACUUGCCGCAGCAGAAUGAUAAUCAAGGUGGAUAUUACAACCAACAGGAUACAAUGGACACUCGUGGACCAGUCCAAAGUGGUGGGGAUAAUGGAAAUGAUAGCGACUGUUGUGGCAGUUGUUGUGAAUGUGGUGACUGUUGUGGGGGUUGCUGUGGAUCAAAUGACAAGGAUGAUGAUAGCAGCUGUUGUUGUUGCUAA